UGCUUGGGUUGAGUGAUGCUGCAAAACACGCCACAUGAGUGUACAUCAUCAUUUUCCAUUUUCAGCAAUCAUCAUCAUCAUCAUCAUUCUGUAUACACGGAUGCGCUGGAAGCCAUUAGCUAGACGAGCCAAUCUACAUCUAUGCUAAACACUGGCAGGUCGAACCAGAUUUGGAAAAAUCACCAUGGCUAGUUGGGCGCUAUUUCUACUGGCUGCUCUACCGUUUGCAUAUUGUGGUCAUUUCAGUGGACAGUGUAAUCCAAAUUUCUACAAGACCCCAAUAUGUUUGAACACACCUGGCGCUUACUUCUGCGAGUGUGGUGCUGGAUUUGAGUGGAACAGCAAGCAGUGCAUUGCCCAAUCUGUGGACUCGCGUCUCGAGUACAGCGAUGCAGAGGCAGACAGCUAUGCCGUGCUGCUGGGCAAAAACUUCCCCUCCCUGGAGGCUUUCACAGUCGGGCUGUGGAUGCGGCUCAGCUCGGCCAACUACGAUGGGCGGAACGGCACGGUCCUGGCUUACGGCUUCCCAAGCAAGAACAGCGAGGAGCUGUGGAUCAGCAUCGGUGCGAGUUUCUUCGCGAUGCGCAUUCGGGGAAAGGAGUUGGGCGUGCGGCUGAAGCCCAGCUUGGCCCUUGACAGAUGGGUGCACGUUGUCUGCACGUGGACGUCAGACGGUGGUGUUUGGUCGUUGUUCGUCGACGGACGCCAGGCGCACACGUCGGAUGGCCUGGCUCCCGGCAAGACAAUCCGUGCAGGCGGACGACUGGAGAUCGGCGUCCGUCGCAAGCGCGACUUCGGCCCCGGCCGCAGCUCCGACAGCGGCGCGGCGGUCAACACCACGUUCGACCACAGCGUCUCGUUCAAGGGCGACAUCAGCUACUUCAACAUGUGGAGGGGCGUGUUAGGGGCGGACCACAUCGCGGACAUGCACGGGGACUGCACGUUCACGUACUGCGGCGACGUGACGGAGUGGGUAGACUUCCGGACGGGAACCAGGGGGGAGCUCAAGCUGCGAUGGCCGUCGGGAGUCUUCGAGACAUGCAUUCGGGAUAAACCUCAAGGCUGUGAUGCUUAUUGCACUGGAACCAUUGGUCCGCAAUGCCAGCAGGAGUUUUCAGAGAAUAUAGAGUGGCCCCGGACCCCAGUUGGCGAAGAUGCCUCCAUGCCUUGCCCCGGGGAUACCAGCGCAACGCUGAACGACGACACGGAUGCAGACCAAGACGCAGACAUACCGCAAGGCAGUCGCACUUGCCUUGGAGAUGGCAUCGUGGGGGAGGAGUCAGAUGAUCUUCUGUGGGGGGAGGCAGACGUGACCGAGUGUCUGUCUGAAGAUGUCCGACUCUUACAGCUCAAGAUUGAGAGCCUUCACAGCAACAUCUCCAGAGGCCUGGCGUACAAUAGCUCCACGAUCUCGGCUCUUUUAGAGGAACUACACCGCAAUGCUGUCCAGUACCGGUCCAAUCCGGCCGACAUAACGGCCGACAUCUACGGGGUUCAGACGCUAAUCAAGAUCCAAAACUCCACGCUGAGUCUUGACGCACUGGGUUACCCUAGCAGAGAGGAAAUCUUGCACUUUGCUACGGUUGUUUGCAACAUCUUUGACAUCAUAUUGGACGAGCGGAACAACCCAGCCUGGCGCGGCACCGCCCCCCGCGGGGCGGGGGCCAUGCGCGUCAUUCACGCCGUGCACGAUUUCACCGAUUUGAUGGCCACUAGCCUCCUCUUGCACAUGGGUACCGGCGAGUCGGCAACCGACGACAGUUCCAUGUGGACGCACACUGGUUCUAGUUUCGCAUUUCACGCGCGAGUUGUGCAGCCAGAGAACUUUGAAGGGUUAGUGUUACCAGACAGCUCCCCUGCAAUGGCCUCCCUGAAUGACGAUAACGGAUACGUGGAUCUGCCCGAGACGCUGUUUGAAGAAAUGCCCGAAAAUGGCUGGCCAGAGAAUGUCGUCAUUACCUACACCAGGUACAACUCCACUUUGCCGGAGUAUCUUCCCAAUCACCCAGAGCCGGUCGUCGUCAACUUCUACCGCGACAAAGCCAAGGAGCAUCUGCACAAGGAGGACAAUGUCAACUCUGUCGUCAUAGCGACCAGGGUGCAUCUGAAAGAUAACGGCAUCGUCUUCUCCAACACGUCCGACCCGAUCAGCUACGUCAUGAAAUACAAAAUGACGCUGAAUAUCUCCAACCCAGAAUGUGUGACUCUCGUGACAAAUCCAAAUCCACACGACUGGGCGUGGACCGGGAGUGGUUGCGAGGUGACGGAGAGUGACAGCGAGCACGCUCAGUGUAGCUGCAGCCAUCUUGGCAUCUUUGCGGUCACCACGGACAUGUACGACGUCAACUGGGACCCCGGCGAGCCGCCUCAUUUCUACCUGACGGUUGCUUCUUACAUCGGCAUCCUUGUCUCCCUGAGUCUCUUCACCACCUCCAUGGCAGUCUUCAUUUACCUUAGGUGCGAAACUGACACGGUGGCUGUGCAUCGUAACCUGGGCAUAGCGAUGAUUUGUCUCCAGUUGUGCUAUUUUAUUGGGAUCACACGUGAUGAAAACGAGACUGUCUGCAAAGUCUUUGCCAUUGCCAUCCAUUUCUUUGUCCUGUCUACGUUUGCGUGGAUCUGCAACGAGGCAUUCAACUUGUACAUGGAGGUGGUCAAUUCCAUCCACGCUGACACGCAGCCGCAGGGCAAUAUGCUCCGAUACUACAUCAUUGGAUAUGUGUUUCCAGCAGUUCUCGUGGGUGCUGUGGUCAAGAUCAAGUGGGACACCUAUUUCUCGCCAGACGUAUGUAUUCUUGACACCAACCAUAUAUGGUUUUUGAUCGGCCCCGCUGGCGGACUGUGGGCGGUGACAGUUUUUGUACUCGUCUACACGGGCAAAGCGAUCAUGGAAAGUUCCUAUUCCAAAGAUCGGGAGGCCAACAAAGUCACCGGGAACCACUGCAAGGGCUGUUGGAUUCAGAGCGUCUUGAUGCUGAUUGCCUGGGCUUUCGCUAUCACCUCCAUCUUGAUGUACAGUGUCAUCCCGCAGAUACUUUUUGCCAUGUUCAACAUCUUACAGGGGGCGUUCUUCUUCGUCUUUUUCUGCGUACUGAACGGCGAGGUGGUGGAGAUCUUGGCCGAGCGUCGUUCCACGCUUGGCCUGACAGUGUCCCCCAGCAUUCCCCGCUCCACCAAGUACAGCGUGUACCGACGCUACGUACCCAUCAAAGCAUUAGGGAGUGGCAAGAGGCGCGGCCAGCCCGCCGCCCAACCCCAACCGAUGGCCGACACCCCGGCCAGCCCCAAGGAAGUCCAGCGUCAGCGCCAGCCAUGCCUGCCGUCCUCCAGCGCAGGCGAGGCCUCGCCGGACCUGCGCAACGAGGAGAUGAUGGGGGUCAAGGGCCACCGCUUCCUGGCCGGUGGCGGUGGGGGCAGCUCGGGGCCGGACUCCCCGCUGAUCGGGGUUGGAAGCGGCCAGCUGCCAAGGAAGUUCAAGGGGAGGAGAAGCAAAGCUGAGGAAACGAGCAUGGAUGUGAUUGCCAUUCGUCCACCCAGCGAUACAUUUCCCGAGAUCGAUACGGGUGAUAUUGUCACGACAGUCUAAUUACACCAGGGUUUCCAGUUCAAGACCUUUUUGGUCUUUAUGCUAAUGAAAAUUUAGUUAUGACUUAACUGAGGGAAUAAUAAUUUGGGAGGCUAAUUAUCCUUACUCGCAGCUGGUAUGCUGAAUUGCGA